AUGACUUGCAACAAAAAUUGGCUAGAAAUCAAGAAGCUUUUGUUGCCAAUAGAGAAGACAGAGAAUAGGCCUGAUCUGCAUUGCUCUAAGUUAUUGACUCCUGAAGCAUACGAUCGCAUUGUUUCUGCUGAGCUACGUGAUAUUCAUAUACACAAGCAUCUGCACUCUUUAGUAGCACAACAUAUGAUGCACGGACCCUGUGGACAAAUAAAUCCAAACCAUGCUUGUAUGCAGAAAACUGAAAUUUGCAAGGAUAAAUUUGACUGCCACAUGAACGUAGAGAUAUGUUCUACUAUACAAGUAGUUAAGUAUAUUUAUAAAUACAUCUAUAAGGGUCGUGACAAGAUACUAUAUCAGCUCAGCAAUGGAGAAGCAAAUCAAAUGCUUGAUGAAAUCAAGAACUUUCAAUUAGCCAGAUGGAUUUCAGCACCAGAAGCUAUGUGGAGAAUAUAUAGUUUUGAUCUUAAUGAAAUGCAUCCCUCUAUAAUGACUCUACCAGUACAUCUGGAAAAUCAACAACUAUUCACUUUUCCAGAUCAACAAUCUGUUGAUGAUGUUGUAAAAAAUGCACAUUUGAAAAAAGUUAUGCUCACAGAAUUCUUUCAGAUGAAUAAGUAUGACCAUUUUGCAAAAAAUUUGAAUUGUCUAUAUACAGACUUUCCUCAAUAUUUCGUAUGGGAUGCUAAGUCAAGAUACUGGUCAUUGCGACAGCAAAGAGAUGUAAUUGGAAGAAUUGCUGGAGUUCAUCCUUCUGAAGGUGAAAGGUACUGUUUAAGACUCUUAUUAAAGCAUGUUAAAAAGCCAACAUCAUUUCAUGAUCUAAAAGUGAUUAAUGGCAAAAUUGCUACAUCCUUCAGAGAAGCAGCAGAAUUCUUAGGUCUAUUACAAACUGAUAAUAGUGCAGAGAUUUGUUUAGCAGAGGUUGUCCUAUAUCAAAUGUCAUCUUCACUUUGUCAUCUGUUUACUACAAUCUUAGUCUACUACAAUCCUCCAAACUGUAAAGAGUUGUGGCUAAAGUUUAAGGAUUUUCUUUCUGAAGACAUUCAACAGAAUAAAACAUUAUCUGCAGAAGUAGUCAAUGGCACAGUAUUGCAGAUUAUAGACAUGCAUUUGAGAGCAAUGGGGAAACAGAUCACACACUAUGGUUUUCAGCUAUUACCAAAUACACUACUGCAAAAUCACAUGGACACAAAAGAACUUCAAGCAGAAAAAUAUAUCAUCACUCCUGAAGAAGAUUUGCUCUCAGUAUAUCAACUAAAUGAAGAGCAGAAAAUUGCUUUUGAUAAAGUACUACAUUGUGUCAACAACAUAUCAAAAGCAUUUUUCAUUGACGGACCAGGAGGGACUGGAAAAACUUACCUCUAUAAAGCUCUGCUUGCAACUAUAAGAUCACAAGGCUACAUAGCACUUGCUACUGCAACAUCAGGUGUAGCAGCAUCCAUUCUUCCUGGAGGUCGAACUGCACACUCAAGGUUCAAAAUUCCCAUUAAUGAUGACCAACAUAAGUACUGCAACAUCAGCAAGCAAAGUGUCUUGGCUCAGCUAAUCAGAGAUGCUAAGGUCAUUAUAUGGGAUAAAGCUACUAUGGCUAAAAGAAAAUCAAUUGAAGCUCUUGACAAGAUGUUACAAGACAUAACAAAUAACAGCCAUUUAUUUGGUGGAAAAGUCAUUGUCUUUGGUGGUGACUUUCGUCAGACCUUACCAGUAAUCACACAUGGUACCAGAGAAGAUAUCAUAGAUACCAGUCUUGUCAUGUCACAAUUAUGGAACAAAUUCUAA